CCCUUCUCGUCGUCACUUGACCCCGCGAUGUCUGAUUCUUUCCGAACAGUCGCGAAGCCAGCACUGUCUGGAUAGAACGGAGAUAGGUCUAUUUAUUGAGCCUGAUGGAUCACAUCCCAUUUCCACUCCAUCUCACCUCUCAGGGAGUGACGAGUUUUCCAUCGGUUUACGGACCAAUCAUACCAUGAAUAUCGGCAGCGCUUUAUUUCCUUGGAAGGGCAUUAUUUUUGUGCCACCAUCUAACCAGAACCACAUUGUCCGUGUAGCUCCUUCGGCCUCGAAACGGACGAAGUUGAGCAAAGGAUCUUGACGGUUGCUAGACGACCCAGCUGACCAAGCGCGUCUCAUGAGCCAUAGUGUUUCAGAUGUACGGUCAGAAGAUCUCGUUGAGCCUCAAAGAACCUCCCAUUCACACGAUGAUUCCCUCCUCCAAUGCAGAGGCAUGGCAAAGUCAAUCAUGAUAGAGGAAAUGAUACGAGGUCCCUAUCACAUCGAUUCCAGCCGAGCUCCUAGCACGGCGACAGGCUGGAAACACGAUACCUCGAGUGCUCAGCCGACGUCUCGUCCGCAACUUGUGGUCAAGACAUCAAACAGCACUGUUCGAAGAAGACUCUCUGCGGUCGAGCGCUUCUCGUGGGAGUUCGACAAGAAAGAAUUGGCUUCAGUUCGACAUUCUCGAAAAAGAAAAUCCCCCGUCGACGACGAUCAGGCUGUGGAACCGAGGGCGGCGACCCGACUACCCAGGUUUUCAGUCAACAUCUUCCAUUCAGAACCUAUUAACAACUUUCCCAUUCCGGCUGAGGGAUGUGUAUCACGCAUGGUCAAGCAUUACCUACAAGUAUGGGCGCCGCAGCAUGGCCGGGCAUUUGCCUUCGAAGGCCAUCCAACCCCAUAUCGGUCCCUGGUAUUUCCCUUCGCCCUCGAGCGUGCAGUUGUGUUUGAAGCUAUAAUAGCUCUCAGUCGCGCAUCGUGGCUCUUACAAGAAAAGAUUCCUUGGUUCAAGGAUUCCGCAUUAGCCUAUCACCGUGGAAAUGCGUUUGCUCAGCUACGCCUCAGGUUGAUGUCACAGGAGACAUGCGCAGAUGAUGCCACCAUUGUUACCAUUGCUGCAUUGACAACGAUAGAUUACAUGCUCGGUAUUCAUGAGGGUGCGGAAAACCAUAUCGACGCCAUGCAACGAAUACGAGCAAUAAGGACCGACUUGAAAGGUGAAACACCAUGGCAGCAUUUUGUCAACGCCUCGAUGGAUGCCUAUUUUUCACUCUGGACGUUCGUGAAGGAGAGGAAUGCAGCCACUACAAGCAUGUCUCAACUGACCAUAGAAUCACCCUUGCGAAACGACUUGCCUCUCUACCCUUCUUUACCGUUCAGCACCAAAAUGUGCGAGGCACUGUCGAAAGUCUCUCCCGCCUUCAACGACAUGGCUUUAGCGGGACAAUUGUCGAUCCAAAUGAUCGACAUCCUCGCCUCUUUGUCGACGAUCACAAGAAGUGAAGGCGGUGGUAGCCCCGCUACAACUAGUCCCACAACGGACAGUCCGAGCACGAGCAGUCCUGUCAGCUCUGCACCGAGCUCUCCCGGCGGUCGCAACCUCCUGAACAUAAUUGCCGACCUUCGAUGUCUAUCUAUGUUGGGCACUGUCCCCAUUGAACACCUGCUAUGCUUUGGUCUUAUCGGCUGUUCCUUGACCCUGCAUUUUGGCGAGGAGAAGAUACCAGAGGAGUUCAAUGAGACUUUGCAAGAGCUAGAAGACACAGUCGUUGGUGGUGGAAAGCCAAGACCUCAGCAAGAAAACGAGAAGUUCAUGAAAGAGCAUCAGGAUUGUCUUAUCUGGAUUUCCAUUGCCGCAGCAGGUGCCCUCGAGCUGUCGGAGUUGCUGUCGCCCACAACGAAGUUACUGCAUCAGACUCUUGACAGAUAUCCUACCGAGACUAGCACGUGGGAGGCUAUGGAACAAAUACUUCGAAAGUUCUUAUGGAACGAUGUCCUGGCACAGCGAUGGAAGAGAUGUUGGCACAGAACGGUGCAGACGCGGUCAAAGCCACAUUGAGAAGCAGAACUCAAUUGCUCAACAUCCACCUCUCAGGCUGCGAUUGCACCCACUUGAUAUUAAGCCGACUUGCCAGAAGUCCCAACGGGCGGAGAUGACUUCGAGGUUCCAAGCAAGCGCUGCAACGCACUUCCAGGACUUCAAGCACGGCUUUGCCAGAACAUACGCCCAACAUGGAGCUUGUACUGGAACUGCUUUUCGUCCCGUCUAUUCUGCGAUAUAGGACCAAAUGCUUUGUUCGACGCCGGAUCUUCUCGUGCCAUCCGCAUACAGAGAGGUUGGCAACGGCACUGUCUACUGAACACUUCAUCUUGACUUCUGGUCGACUGCAGUCUUCCACGAUUCAUAUCAUAAGGAACACCGUGGUCACAGCCCCACGCUUCCACCGCCAGAGGAGAUCGUUAUGCUCUUUGAAAUGUGCUCCUGAAGAGACACUAACUCCUGGCAUGUGUGUCCAUGGAACGAGGCUUGGAAGCCACCAAAGGGGCCAAAUGUUAGCCCGACACUACAUGUCUGAGACAACCAAUUUACUUUGAUAGCACCCAAGAAGUUCACUUCGCCCGCGGGACCGGGUCACUCGAUCGCUUCUCGUCCAAGAGGUCACACU